AUGGCCGCGGCGGUGGUGGCUGGCGAGCCGGUGGUGACGACGGCGCCGGUGGCGCCCCCUGCGCCGGCCUCAGCGCUGCAGGAGAAGGCGGAGCCAGCCUCACCGGGCGGCCGGGCCCGGCAAGGAGAGGAGGAGCGACCGGAGGAUCGGGAUGAGGCCGCGCAGGACCAGCGCGCCGUGGACUCGCCCGGCUCGCCUGCCGGUGGCGGCUCCGCCCUGGGCAGUGACGGUGGCGCGUCCCUGUCGCCCAUCAACGUCGACAUCCAGGUGCACUGCCUCAUCUGCAGCACCCGUGUCAACCCGCAGGCCGACCAGUACUGCGACAUUUACCUGGACAACAUCGUCACCGCCCACUCGCGGCUGCCUGUCUCCGAGAAGUUGGGGCGUGUGCUCAGGUACCACUUCUCCCCGGAGCUGCUCUACAGUCACACACUGUGCAGGCGAUGCUUCAACAUUAUCAACGGCAUCGACCAGCUGGAGGGCCGGCUGGAAAAGCUCAGGUCGGAGGUGCGCCAUAAGUUCAGCGUCACCUGCCAGGAGCGCGGCCUGGACGAUGACCACUUCCCGCCGCGGCUGGAGGCGGAGGCAGCACCGCCGCCGCCAGUCGGCUGCCACCCGCGCCAGCCUGCAGGCGGCUCCAGUUGA